AGGGUUCUGCUGUAGCUUUUAAGAGAUGUUCUUUGCCCCUUUGGGCCUUGACUUAGCAAGCAUUUGGCAACCCUUUUAAUAAAGAAUUCAAAACAGAAAAGAAAAAUGGAAAGAAAAGGAAGUGUGUCAGUGUAUAAAUCCCUCCCCUUUCCCACUUUCUUGAUUCUUGCUUGCAUCCCUUCCUACUUCUACUUCUUCUCUGAUAGAUAGAUAGAUAGACUACAAAUUUCAUGAAAAUUGAUGGUUUCAGAGGAUGGGUAGGUAGGUGAACUAAAUCCUGUCAAAAGCAUGCGCAGAGCUGUUUGGUCCACCAUAUCUUUAAGGUUUGUUAGCAUUCAUGCCACCAAGAAUAUGAAGAGGGGCUGGGAGGGCUCUUUCUUUCUGCCUCCUCACAACAUCUGUGAUUUCUAUGCCAUCUUUUAUUAGGUAAGAAUCUCUCCCCACUUCAACCCCCCACCCCACACCUAUUGAAAGCAAGAAACCCGUGUUUGAUGAUUUGAUCCAUCAGAUGUAGCCAAACAAAAAAAAUAAAAAAUCAAAUCAAAUAAUAAGAUGUCUUGGAUCCAAUCAGCCUUUGGGAGCAGAAUAAGCCCUGUGAUCCUCUUCAUCAUAGUGGUCUUAGCUGUAGUCUUCUUCCUUGCUGCGCUGCUGCACUUGCUCAUAAGGUUCCUAUUGAAGCAGAGGUACUUUCCACAGUCCCAUUCCCAUGGCUACCCUGAAAUGUCCACUUCAGGUGCUUUCCAGAGGCAGCUGCAGCAGCUCUUCCACCUCCAUGACUCUGGUCUGGAUCAGGCCUGCAUUGAUGCCCUCCCAGUUUUUAUGUACAAGGAUAUUGUGGGGUUGAAGGAGCCCUUCGAUUGUGCAGUGUGUUUGUGUGAAUUUUCAGAGCAGGACAAGCUGAGAUUGCUCCCCAUUUGCAGCCAUGCCUUCCACAUUGACUGCAUCGACACAUGGCUGCUCUCAAAUUCGACAUGCCCGCUUUGCAGGGCUGUGAUUUUGUCCCAGGGAUUCUCCUUUGAGAACCCGGUUUUUUACUUCGGAGAUUCUAAGGAAUCUGAGGAUGGGGGGUCAGGAAAUCCAGGUGGUUUUGUUGGGGUGAAGCUCAGUGAAGAUGAUACCAACAACAUCAACAGCAGCAGUGCUGCUGCUGCUGUGAAUGAGAAAAGGGUGUUUUCUGUGAGGCUUGGGAAAUUCAAGAACACGAAUGGGAAUGAAGAAAGUGAAGUUGGAGAGAGCAGCAACAGCAAUCUGGAUGCCAGGAGGUGCUAUUCCAUGGGUUCGUUUCAGUAUGUGGUGGCUGAUUCAGACCAGCUGCAAGUUGCAUUGUGCCCUGGUGGUGGUGGUGGGAGUGAUGUACGGUCUGUGAGUAAAGGGAGAUCGUGGGGGCAAAUUGGGAAUUUCCCAGGUGGUGUUGUUGGUGAUGCUGCUGGUGAUGCUGAUUGCAAGAAAAUUAACGGAGCUAAAGGUGAAAGCUUUUCUGUGUCGAAAAUAUGGCUGUGGUCCAAGAAAGCACUUAGUUUGAAUACACAAACCUCUACCUCUGGAGCUGUGCCAGUGCCAUACAUUUCAGUGCUGCAAUUACUAAAAUGCCCUCUGCCUUUUGGUGAAGUGCAGCAAGAAGUGAUGAUGAUGAUGAUGAUGAUGAUGAUUCGUAAGGCAAAUUCUUUUCAAGAAAUGAAAUUUAACAAUUGAUAAUGGUGGGAUCUGUAAAAAGUGGUAGGAAGACAGACACACACUCUUGUGAUGAUAAUAAAUAAUUAAUUAUAUACAUUGAUGAGCAAGUAAGCCUGCCUGCCUGCCUGUUUAUUCAAGUUGACUUGAGUCUCACAGAGACACACACAUUCAUAUAUGCAUGAUAUGAAAUGGGGCCAAGAU